UGUAUCUCUUUCUCAUACUGUCACACAAGAAUAGAUGCAACGCAAAAAAUGAAAGCGACAAAAAGACAUGCUGUAGUUCGUAUUGCUUUUUCAUUCUCAGCGAUUGUUAGAUCAGAUAGUCAUCUGUGUUUUUGAAUAUUAAAAAAGAACAAAUUACAGUAUUUUAUGCAAAAUGCGUUCACUACUGUUAAUUAUCAGUAUCACGGUAGUAGUUAAUGUUAUCCGUGGAACAUUUAUAAAUCGAUAUCCACGAUAUAAAUCAUAUAGUGAUGGUGGCGAUCCUGGACAGGCGUUGUAUUUAACAAAAUAUAUCGAAAAUGGAGACAUUGAUACGGCACGUAAAUUGGCGUUUGUCAUCCACCCUGAAAUAACGAUACCAAACUAUGCUGGCUAUUUUACCGUUGACAAAAAAUACAAUUCGAAUCUGUUCUUCUGGUUUUUCCCCGCUAAAGUGAAUACAGAUAAGGCUCCCGUUCUUUUAUGGCUUCAAGGUGGGCCCGGUGCAUCGUCUUUAUUUGGACUGUUCACCGAAAAUGGUCCAUACAGCAUUAGCACAAAUCAAGAACAAAAAAAAUUCACGUGGCAUAGUGUAUUUGGAUUUUUCACUAGAAAUUUCCAACGCCGAUCGUCAGAAAAGUUGAUACCGCGAACAUAUUCAUGGCAUCUGCAUCACAACCUUAUUUACAUCGAUAACCCGGUUGGCACGGGAUUUAGUUUCACUGAUUCGGAUGAGGGAUAUGCAAAAAAUGAAGUUAACGUCGGUGAAAAUUUGUUAUGUGCUCUACAACAAUUCUUCUUGCUAUUUCCAAAUUUGCAAAAGAAUGAAUUCUUUGCAUCAGGAGAGUCUUACGGUGGAAAAUACGUUCCAGCUAUUGCAUAUGCCAUUUAUCAAGAUAGUAAGCGACAAGAUAAUGAUCCAUUAAAACCAAAAAUCAAUUUGAAAGGUCUUGCCAUCGGGAACGGAUUCACUGACCCCAUUCAUCAGUUUAAUUACGGUGAUCAUUUAUAUCACUUGGGAUUGAUCGAUUCAAAUGGGCACGAACAAUUUAUGCAGUAUCAAAAUCAGGGCAUCGAUUGCAUUAAAAAUCAUGACUUUGCUUGCGCUUAUGAUGUUUUCGAAAAACUACUCGAUGACAUGGACCAAUAUCCACAAGGGUCAUUGUUUACAAAUUUGACCGGAUUCCAUUCGUUCUACAAUUUUCUGAAAACCGAUGAUAAUUUUGUGGCAUCACUGGGAGAUUUUCUGCAGAAAAGCGAAACACGUCGGGCAAUUCACGUUGGCAGUAAUAAAUUUAAUGAUUUAAUUGGUGAAAAUAAAGUUGAUCAUCAUUUGAAACUGGACAUUAUGGAUAGCGUUGCUGACUGGGUGGCCGAACUACUUUCACAUUAUCCAAUAUUGGUGUACAAUGGCCAGUUGGAUAUUAUUGUUGCAUAUCCAUUGACGGAAAACUACUUGAAGAAUCUCAAUUUCAGUGCUGCCGAAGAAUAUAAAACAGCGAAGCGUCAUAUUUGGCGUGUGAACAACGAAAUUGCCGGUUAUGUGAAACAUGCAGGCAAUUUAACGGAGGUUUUAGUUCGUAAUUCUGGUCAUAUGGCUCCUGGCGAUCAACCAAAGUGGGUGCUUGACAUGCUUUUGCGUUUUACCUAUCAUAAAGGUUUCCAAUGAUGUGAACAUCUUUAAUUAUAUUUGUUGAAAUUUUAUUUUAUUAAUAUUUUAUGAAUUUUAUACAUUUUUAUCUUUGAUGUAAGCUAACUCAGUCAUUCAUAACGAAAAAGGAAAAUAGUACAGUUGAAAUAUUAUUGACUUAUUUUCGAUUGCGAACUGCCAAUAAGUCGUAAUUUAUUUUAUUUUAUUUUAUAUAUACAAGUUAAAGCUAAACAUGCUGUGAUUAUGCGAUGAAACGAAACUUAAAAACAUGCGUUUCUGUUUAAUAUAACAUAAAAUGUUGAAUGCCAUUUACAACCGCAAGAAAUAUUUUUUAUUUGAAUUUCAAUAUAUUUUAUCUGAAGUCAAUACAAAAUAAGGAACUUGUGAGAUUACUAAUUAAUCAAUGUAUUAAGCAAAAUAAACAACAAAUCAUUUAAUAAACUAACAUGGGCAUUAUGUAAAUCAGUUCAAUAACGUCACAGCCACCAUAUACCGCGAACCAUGACUUGUCACAUUUAUAUGAGAUUGUAUUCUAUUUCGUUCAUUUUUGGUCGAUUUCGUUUUAUAUCAUUUUUUUCUCGACUUUUUUUUUACGUGA